AUGCCUCCGUUCAAGGUGGGAGUAGACCCACGGAACGAUUGGAUGAGGUGGCAAAGAGCCUUCGAUCGUUUUCUACAGGCGAAUAAAAUCGACGAUGAUGAGGAAAAAUUUGAUCUGUUACUAGUUCUCGGAAGCAUAGAGCUUCAAGAGUACUAUGAUAAAAUUAAUAAAUAUGAAGUUCAACAAGUUUCAGAAUCUGGGGAAGUAGGUGUUCUGAAAUAUGAUUCAGCUAUAACGUCGUUAGAGAGAUACUUUGCACCACAGCUUAAUAAAAGGUUCGAGCGUCAUUUAUUCCGUGCAAUGAAACAAGAAGACAGCGAGGCUUUCCAUGAAUUCGUGUUCAAAUUACAAAACCAGGCGAAACGGAGUAAUUUUGUUGAUUUGGACGACAUGGUGAUUGAUCAAGUCAUUGAAGGGUGCAAAUCUACGGAGCUGCGCAAGAAAUUGUUAACCGAGGAUAUGAAGCUGAAUGAUGUUAUGACACUAGGAAAAACGUUAGAAGAAGUGCAGCGGCAGUCUAAGCAAUAUGAAAAGACAACUUCGUUUGAAGGAGCAGUGGUACAACGCGUACUAGUAAAACGUCCGGUAAAAAGUCAAAAUACUGACAGCAGACGAUGUUACAAUUGCAACCGUCCAGGCCAUCUAGCGAAGGAUUUAGACAAGUGUGCAGCAAAGAACGCAACCUGCCAUAGUUGUCAGGGCAAAGGGCAUUUCAAAGCGUGUUGUCGAAGGAGAAAACGAGAUUCCCAACAGUGGACAGGACCACCAUCUAAACGCCCAACGGUACGGGCUGUUGUUGACGACGGAACUGUGACAUCAAAAGGGAUAUUCACAAUUAACGAUGAUAAACAACUAAACGAAGUAUUGAUGCUGGAGAUAGGCGGAGUAAACAUGAAAAUGUUGGUGGACUCCGGUUCCCCGGCUAACAUUAUGAAUAGCGAGAGUUAUAAAUGGUUAAAAUGUCAAGGAGCACAAAUUACGAAUGCGCGAUGCCCACCAAAUGAAACGAACCUGACACCCUUCGCUUCAAACAAGAAAAUAUUCUUUAGUGACGUUUUUGAAACAGAAAUCAAAAUACCCGGGGAAGAAACAGGCAUAUGGGCACAUGUGUUGGUUGCUCCCGACGGUCAGACCAAUAUACUAAGUAAAAGUACGGCGUUUGCACUGGGCAUCCUGAAAAUAGGAUACAAUAUUCACCAUAUAGGAUCCAAACCUGAUGCAAGAAAAUAUCCAGAGGUAUUCCCUAAGGUUCCAAACGUGAUGUUAAAGAUCCAAAUCGACCAGAAGGUUUCUCCUGUUGUUCAAGUGGCCCGGCGGCUACCUGUAUCCAUGGAAGCAGACGUCGAGGAAGCAAUUCAAGACUUACUAGCAAAGAAUAUUGUAGAACGUGCAGAAGGACCGUUGAGCUGGGUUUCACCUUUGGUACCUAUUCGAAAAUCUGAUGGAAAAAUACGUUUGUGUGUCGACAUGCGAGCGGCAAACCGAGCUGUAAAUAGAGAAAAUUACCCGAUGCCAAAUAUCGACGCAGCAAUGACUUCAAUCAGAAAGGUGGAGAAGCUAUCAAAAAUCGACUUAGAGGCUGCAUACUACCAUUUUGAACUCGACGAAAGUAGCCGUAAUAUAACAACCUUUGUGGCCCGCAGUGGAGUUUAUCGUUUCCGGAGGUUGAUGUUUGGAAUAAAGUCAGCACCUGAGCUGUUUCAACGGGAAAUGGAAAACUUGUUCAGGGGAAUACGUGGUGUGAUCGUAUAUAUGGACGAUUUACUUAUCUAUGGUGCUACGGAAGAGGAACGACUUCACACUGGAACGCGUGUUAAAAAUAUUAAAGGAUAUGAAUAUGCGGGUGAAUGA